CCUUCCCAUUUUUUCAUUUCAUUUUCUUCUUUCAUUAUUGUUUUCUUUUCUUUUUCUAUUUAAUUUAACAUAACCCAAUAGUUAUAAAUUCUCCAUCCCUCUCUCUCAAAAAAUUUCAUAGCCCCUUAAUUAUCUCACACCCUUUUCAUCUCAAAUCUCACACAACAAGAACCAAAAUAAUAGGCAAACAACAUCCAAAUAUAGAAACACAACAUAACAACCAUGUUCAUUUUUCUUCAUCUUGUAAAGCUAUAGCAUAACAUGAAAAUCACACCAACAAAACCAUUCAUCCUUCGUUGUUUUCUCAUCUCACUUUUUCUCUCCCUCCCUUUUCUCUUCCUCCAUCUCUUCUCUCCCCAACCCCCCAACCACACCAUAACCACCACCACAACAACAACAACAACAAAAGACCUAACAAUCCGACCCGGUUAUUCAUCCUACGAAGCCUACAUCCAACGUCAACUCAACAAAACUCUCAAUCCAAAACUUCGAAAAAUAUGGACAACCCGCGACUGGAACCGGAAGAUCCCCGUUUUCGCCAAAUUCUUCUCCGAACUCAGCAACAAAAAUCUUCUAACAAAAACUUCCAAAGCAUUAUGCAUUGGUGCACGUGUUGGACAAGAGGUUGAAGCAUUACGAAGAAUCGGCGUCGUUGAUUCAAUCGGAAUGGACCUCGUUCCAUAUCCACCGUUGGUUGUAAAAGGUGAUUUUCAUAACCAACCGUUUGAUAACAACACGUUUGAUUUCGAAUUCUCUAAUGUCUUUGAUCAUGCGCUUUAUCCACACAAGUUUGUUGCUGAGAUCGAACGCACGUUGAAACCUAAUGGUGUUUGUGUCUUACACGUGGCGUUAUCUCGUCGCGCCGAUAAAUAUUCCGCUAAUGAUCUUUACAGUGUUCAGCCACUUGUUGAGCUUUUUAAGAAUUCUGUUUUGGUUCAUGUUCGUGGUGUUGAUGGGUUUGGAUUGGAUACUGAAGUUGUGUUUCGUAAGAAACCACCACCCAGGUGAAUAUUGACAUACUGACAUAACACCGAUACAUAUGAUUAUAUAUUUAAUUGUGUAAUUUUCUUAAAUUAUUGCUUGUAUUGAGGUGUUUGUGUGUUGCUAUUUUAUAGGUUCCAAACUUGCUUCUAUUUUUUUAUUUAAUUUAUUUUUGCAUUUUAGUUUGUCUUUUAGUUUUUUAUUUUUUGGAUAUAUUUUGGAUUUAGAUUUUGUUUUUCUAUUUUGAAAUGAAGCUUCUACAUUGAUUUGUUUGA